GACGGGCUUUACUGAAUCAUACCGCUCAGGAUUGUUAGUUUGCUGGCUGCUGGCGGGUAGACGUUUAAAUCUUGUUUAACGUUACAUUAGACUGUCAGAGACUCGGAAACUACUCAACCAGUUUUUCUUUCUUUUUAUUAGUAUUUAAUAAGCCUUUUAUAGAAAAAAUGUCCGCACCGUAGCGUGUUGCUUUCGAAGUUUUGCGAGGAUUUUCCAUGGGGGUGGAAGAGCGCCCGGAGCUGGUUGGAAAGCGGUUCCUGUGCGUGAGCGGACGGGAGCUGUUGGAGCUCGGUGAGAUCGCGCACUGGAGAUGGCGAGCAGGGGUAAUCCGAGCAGUUACUCACCGCGACAGUGACAACCCGGAGCUCAUGGUGUAUGUGGAGUUUGAUGGCUUGGAGUGGGAGAAGAGAGAGUGGGUGAAGGUGCAUGAAGGCUACCGGGUCUUCCUGCUGGAGAACUGCCUCGUUUGGGCCUGGCGGAAGGACACCACGCAGCUCCAGGGGUCAAAGGUGAAGCAGAUUCAGUGGCCUGCCCUGACAUUCAGGCCGUUAGUGGGGAAGUCUGUUUUGGGCCCGGUCACCGCGGUGGAGUUUCUCUGUGACAGACGGCUGGAUUUCCUCGCAGAAGAUGGCGCAUACUGGCCUUAUGAGGAGGAGGUUGCCAGCUUGAAUCCAGUGCUCAGGGACAAUCUGCAGCUACACCAGGAGGUCUGUGCCUGGGUCAAAGAACAGAAAAUCCAGCACGUUUUUAUGAGAGGUCCCUACUCGCUGAAUGGCCACAGGGUGAGGGUGUACCGCCAGGACUCAGCCACUCAGUGGUUCUCAGGCAUCAUCACCCAUCACGACCUGCGCAGCCGCGGGAUGAUUGUGAUGAACGACCAGGUACUAGAGCCUCAGAAUGUUGACCCUUCUACGGUACAGAUGACAUUUUUAGAUGAUAUUGUGCAUUCUUUGCUGAAAGGUGAAAACAUCGGCAUUACGUCCAGACGUAGGACUCGCACCAGCCAAAAUGGCAGCUUUGUUCCUGCUCAUUCCGCACGUACGCAGGCCAGCAGCCCCAGGUCCCUGGCCAGCUCUAGCUCCACGUGCCAGGUCCAGUCCUCCCAGAAUUCCCCGGGGCAGCAGCGCAACUCCUCACCUGUAUGCACCAGGGACCCCCAUCCCAACAGUGUCCCCUCUGAGCACGGGCAGAUGGGUAGCGAGGGGCCGAGCCCUGAAGGGAAAGAUCCCUCAGUGAUUAAAAGCGAAGCCAUGGCGAAUAAGAGGAGGAAGGCGGAGGAGGAGAGGAGCGAGGUGAAGCGGAGAAAAGCGGGAGGUGGGUGUGGCGGGACGGAGAGCAGCGACCAGGGGAGCAGGAGAACCGCUGAGCCCCCCGCAGAGUCCAAAAGCAAGGGCGCUUCCCAGCCCCGCCCACAGGAGGAGGAGCCAUCCCACAGUGCCGAGGGGCCGGAGGGGGUGGAGGCAGCCCCCGGGGAGGAUGGGGAAAUCGUGACGGUCCGGUCCGUUGACCGUGCGCUGAGACGGACUAAGACUCCGCCUGCUCCCCACGAGCCAGGCGGCGGCAGCUCAGAAGCGGAGGGGUGUGGCUCAGGAACGAAGGGCACCUUGAAACCAUCACCUGCGGAAGAGUCCGGAAUCAUCGCGGCCAGAACGCAGACGCCGCCGGACAUGACGGGCGCGACGGAGGACUGCGGCAGACCUCGCCAGGGCUCGGGGGCCGCCUCUGCUCCGCAGCCUUCCCAGGAGGCCGAGCGGCAUAUCCCAGAGACCAGGCCCGGCUCGGAAUGCAGGAGCAUGCAGCGUCGUCCUGAGCUGCAGGACUCCUGCUCUGAGGAGGCGGUCCCGCCGAGCUCCGCCCGGCAGUGUUCCGCCGCCACGCCCUGCGUCCGAAACCCCGCCCUUCCCCAGGAGGUCAGGACGUCCCUGCGGAGCGCGUCUCCAGACGUCCCCAGGCCCAGAGCCAGUCCGGGACCCUGUGUGUCCACACGGGACGCGUCCCCCGGCGUGAAGCGCAGAGGCAGCGGUUCCAGAGCGAGCGCAGCCGCGGAGGGGGGCGGGGCCGAGCCCGGCGAGCCGCGCGUCUUUAAGCCCGUGGCCACGCGAGGCUCCGCCUCCGAGCACCAUCUGAGCGCGCUCAUUGAUAAGAACCAGCCCUUCAGCUUGUACAGGGACCUCCCGCUCGUCCGGCCGUACGCAGACACCAGCCACGUCACCUACCUGCACCCCCACCUCCACCCCCUCCACCAACCGCCACGCUCCGCCUGCCUGGCCCCGCCCAGCCCCCACCACCACCCCUCCCACGGGCUCAUCCACCACCCUCACCUCCUUCCCGGCAUGCUCCCCGGGCUGGCCCCACCCUCCCUGCUGGGGGGUCAUCCCCCGCUAGGGGCCGUGGGUCUGGCUCAUCACCCCCACCAUCAGCAGCCCCCCAGUCCCGCCGACCCCUCCUACAAUCACCUGGGCCUGUACCCCAUCGUCUGGCAGUACCCCACCCUGGGACCGCCGUCCUCAAAGUGGGGCCUUCCAGAGAGUUCUGUCAGCUCAGAGACCUGUCUGAGAAGGAACACGCCCAGCCCUUGGCUGCCCCAGCACACUCCUGUGACCUCCCCCGAGGGCCUGGGGUUACUGAGCCACGCCCCCACGAGACCCGCCAGCGCUGACCCCCACCCCUGCUCCAACCCCUCGGUGUCUAACCGCACACCAGAGAAGGAGAAGCAGGGCUUCAUGGAGCCAAUGCGAGCCUUUACCCCAACGUACCCAACACCGGACCUGGACAGGAUGAGGCUUCCGGGCGCCAGAGAGGGACAGCUGCAGCGUCACUUCCUGGAUGCCCUCCCAGGCCAGCAGAGGGCGCCGCUGGGUGCUGGUGACAGGGCCAGCAGGUACAAGGAGGAGAGCCGGCGUAUUCUCCAGGAAAGCAUUCAGGUUGCCCCCUACACGGCUAAGAUUCGGCCCAGCGAGGGGGAGAGAGAGCCGUACCUGGCCCCGCCCCUGGCCAAGAGCCACGCCCUCUACAGAGACCUGGACCCCUCCCCCAGCGAGAUGUACGGGCUGAAGAGCAGGGUCUUCCCCAGCCUGUCCAGCGGUGAGGCCCGCCAGCCUUAUCCCAGCUCCCCCCUGCCCGACCCCCUGUUCUGCGGCAGGUCCCACUCCGGACCCCCUCCCCUCAUUAAGCACCAGGCUGAAGAGGAGGGGCUGGUGGGGAAGAUUACAGAGCGCCUCUCCAAAGAGCGACCACAGCCCCCGACCGCGCCUGACCCCCUCUGUUGCAUGCCCGCCCUGCACAGGGCUCCUGUCUUUCACCCCCCUACCCAGCAUGCUCUGGGGUGCCCGGAGGGAGGAACAGCCAGGCUGUCUCCGCCCACUCUCACCCCCGUUCCAUCAGUGAGCUCGGCGGAGGCAGGGCUGGUGACAGGGCUGGGUUCGGAGCAGCAGAGGCCCCCCACGCUCCUCCCGGAAGUGCGGGGGGAGGGGGGCUGUGGCGGGACUCGCGGUUCCCUGCCUGAGGGCUGGCCACCCAGGGCAAAUGGCGGCGCUAAACCCCAGUCAGCGGUGGCCUCUGUGAUCACACGCGCAGACGCAAGGCCAGGCCCAAUGAGUGCGGGGGGGAUUCUGCCUGGGGGAGGCUCAGAACACGCCUCCCCUCUCCUCAGGAACUGUGUGAGAGAUGCACAGGGAGGGGCUGCUAGCCCUCCUAAAGCUCCUCCCAACAGCUCACCCCCCAGUGCCCCUGGCCAAGGCCAAUCAGGUGAGACAUCAGCCAGGGAGAAGGCUGAAGGCUCCGCCCCCACAGCUGGGACACACUCAGUGAGGGUGCAGCUGGACCGAGAGGCCCUGACCCCCUCCCCCAGCAUACGUGCCCCCCAGGGUCUGCCGUACCCCAACCACUUUGUCCACCUGAAGAAGCACAAGGCUGUACUGGCUGCCGCCCAGUUUCAAAUCGCCAGCCCUGCUCAGAGUGACGCAGAAGCCUUUCCUCUCCCACCCCCCGUUUCCCAUGCUGAUGAUGUAAACAAAGCCAACUCCCUGACCAAUGGCCAUCCGCCUCCACUCGGCUCCCCGACCAAUGGGUAUCCAUCCCCACCCGGCUCCCUGACGAAUGGACAUCCUUCACCACUCGGCUCCCUGACCAAUGGACAUCCUUCCCCACUCGGCUCCCUGACCAAUGGGCAUACGCCCGCACCCGGCUCCUUGACCAAUGGGCAUCUGGCCCCACCCAGCUCCCUGACCAAUGGGCAUCUGGCCCCACCCGGCUUCCUGACCAAUGGGCAGCCAGCCCCGCCCAGCCAGCCCAACUACCACAAGCUGAAGAAGGCCUGGCUGACCCGCCACUCUGAGGAGGAUAGAAACACCAAAGCAGCCAGGAACCCCGAGAUCAAGCCCGCCACCAUCAGCUUAACGGUGUCCCCAUCUGACCACAACAGUGUCACCAGUGAGAAUGCCACAGAGCAGGAGGCCAGAGAGGAGCAGGAGACCCGCGAGAAGCAGGGGGUUGGAGAGGAGCAGGAGGCCGGGGAGGACCAGGGGGCCGGAGAGAAGCUGGGGGUUGGAGAGGAGCAGGAGGCCGUGGAGGACCAGGGGGCCAGAGAGGAGCUGGGGGUUGAAGAGGUUCAGGGGGGUGGAGAGGAGCUGGGGGUUGAAGAGAUUCAGGGGGGUGGAGAGGAGCUGGGGGUUGAAGAGGUUCAGGGGGGUGGAGAGGAGCAGGAGGCCAGAGAGGAACUGGGGCUGCGGAAAUCCCACAGAGCGGCUAAGAGGAGCUACAAAUCGGCCUCGGAGAGUGCCGAGGACUCGGACGGCAGCCAAUCAGAGCACAGGGCCAAACGGCAGGCCAAGCCCACCUACAAGAAGAAGCUGAACGAACUGCGGAAGAGGAGGAGCAGCAACAGGAAGGAGGAGGAGGAGAAGGAGGAGCCCCGAGCUAACGGCAGGAGCGCCAAGGAGAAGACGAGGCUCAAGCUGGCCAGCAGCAACGGGACCCCUCGCUCCGUGCUGAAGGACUGGCGCAAGGUUCGGAAGCUGAAGCAGACGGGGGAGGCCUUCCUGCAGGACGACUCCUGCUCCCAGGUCGGGCCCAACCUGCAGAAGUGCCGCGAGUGCCGAUUGGCCCGCAGCAGGAAAGGGGAGGAGCCUGGCCACUCACCCGUCUUCUGCAGGUUCUACUACUUCCGGCGGCUUUCCUACAGCAAGAAUGGAGUGGUGAGAAUAGAUGGCUUCUCCUUCCCAGACCAGUAUGAUGACGAGGCCCUCAGUAUGUGGACUCCCAGCGUCUGUGAGCAAAACCAGCUGGAUCUGGAAACUUCCAAAUACAUCCUCAGCUGCAUCGGGGACAAAUUCUGCCAGCUAGGCAUGGCUGAAAUCGCAGCUGCAACAUGCAUCAAGAAAAAUGCAUGCCUGGCCUGGAAGAGGGCAGUGCGAGGAGUCAGGGAGAUGUGUGACGACUGUGAAGCCACACUUUUCAACCUCCACUGGGUCUGCCAGAAGUGUGGCUUUGUGGUGUGUGUGGACUGCUACAGGGCAAAGGAGCACAAGGGCGCUAAAGACAAAGACCUGUACCCCUGGCUAAAGUGUGUCAAAGGACAGCCUCAUGAUCCCAAACAUCUGAUGCCCACUCAGAUCAUUCCUGGAACAGUGUUAGCUGACCUGCUGAACACCAUGCACACUCUCAGGGAGAAGUUUGGCAUUAGGUCCCACUGUGCUUGUUCUGGGAAACCCAACAAGAUCCCGUCCACCAACGGGGUGUCCCAGGUGCUGCAGAAUGUGCUGAACCACAGCAAUAAGAUGUCCCUGUGCAAGCCCCACGGUGGCCAGGAGGACCCCUCCCUGAAGGCGGAGUCAGACUGCAGGCCCGUCCUGCCUGAGCCCCAGUCCCCCCUGCACUUCCUGGCCGAUCUCGCUGAGCAGAAGUCCCGCGAGGAGAAGAAAGAAAAUAAGGAGUCGCCAGUGGGGGUGGUGGUGAAAGAGGUGGAGCAGGGUGAGGGGGUGGAGGCUCUGAGCACUAAGCCCUCCGUCCUGGGGGCCAGCGGCACGGAGCAGGGCUCCACCCUCAGGGACCUGCUCACCACCACGGCCGGGAAGCUCCGUCUGGGCUCCACCGACGCCAGCAUGGCCUUCGCCCCGGUGUACUGCAGCCCCACCCAGACCAGUAAAAGCAGCAGGAGCAUGCCCAACAUCCUGCAUGACAUCAUCGCCUCAGUGGUGGAGAACAAGAUCCCGGCAGGCAAGCCCAGGCUCAGGCCCAAGCAGGAGGCGGGCGAGGAGGCCGGGGCGGAGACCGCGACUGCGCCCCCUACAGACGCCCCGCACGCCUGGCUCUACCACAAACGCCUGCUGUGGCUGAGAGACCCCCGUCACCCCGGCAACCGCAGGCUCUUCCGGGAGAGCUGGGAGCAGGGCCAGCCGGUGGUGGUGUCUGGCAUCCACAGGAAGCUGAAGGCCAGGCUGUGGACGGCUGAGUCUCUCAGCCAGGAGUUUGCCGACCCCCAGGGAGAGCUCGUAAACUGCAAGGACGCGGCCGUGUCCGUGUCUGCCGUUAAGGGGUUCUGGGAUGGCUUCGAGGACUUGACGAAGCGGCGCAGUAGGGGCAGCGAGGCGGCGGUGUCCCGGCUAAAGGACUGGCCUUCAGGGGAGGAGUUCCUGGCCCUCAUGCCUUCCCGGUACGAUGACCUCAUGGCUAAUCUCCCCCUGCCGGAGUACUCCGCCCCAGAGGGGAGUCUCAACCUGGCAUCCCGGCUGCCCCCCUUCUUUGUGCAACCAGACCUGGGGCCGCGGCUGUGCUGUGCCUACGGUGUUGUUGCAUCCCAGGAGCAGGACUUUGGAACGGCCAGCCUCCACCUGGAAGUGUCCGACACCGUCAGCAUCCUCAUUUAUGUGGGCGUGGCCAAAGGAAAUGGAGCCCUGUCCAAAACCAGUCUACUGAAGAGGCUGGAAGAGGAGGAUCUGGAUGAUGGAAUGAAGAGGAGACUGAAGGACUCCAGUGAAACGCCUGGAGCUCUUUGGCACAUCUACGCCAGCAGAGACACAGACAAGAUUAAAGAAUUCCUCAGCAAGGUUGCCAGGGAGCAGGGUGACGAGGCGCUGGUGGAGCAGGAUCCAAUCAGAGAGCCAGGCUGGUACCUGAGCAGGAGGCUGAGGGACCGGCUGCUGGAGGAGCAGGGCGUCCAGGGCUGGACUGUGCUGCAGUUCCAGGGAGACGCAGUCCUGAUUCCUGCUGGGGCGCUGCACCAGGUGCAAAACCUCCACAGUUGUGUGCAGGUGAUAAAUGAUUUUGUGUCUCCCGAGCACGUGGUGCACGCCUUUCAUUUAACACAGGAACUCCGAUCCUCCUGCCAGGAAGUCAACUAUGAAGAUAAACUGCAGAUCAAGAGCAUCUUUUACCACUCUGUGAAAGACGCGGUCGGGACCUUAAAGAGGAGCUGGACGGAGGAGCCGGGUGAAGCUGAGGACAGCUUGUGAUGCUGUGAAGCCCGCCCCCUCUCGUCUACUGAGCGUGUGCAGUAAAGCACGCUCACUAACGGCAGCCUCAGGCGGCCUGGAGCUCAGGGCACCUGAGGACAGUCUGCCAGCAACAGCACAGCUCCUCCCUUCAGCCUUUUCCUGCUUUCAUACCGUACACUGUAAAUGCUACUAGGACACAAGUAAAUUAUAUUUAUUAUCAAAGGCGUAUUUGUCAUGUGAUAAAUGUAAAUGUGGCUUGUACAGGCCUGUACAUUUUACUAAAUGGAUUCUGUUUGCAGACUCCUGUACUGCAGGUACUGCAGUGCCUGUACCUGGGAAGUCCUUCCUGUAUCUCUGCCUUCAGACCGACCAUGUGUAUUAAGAUGAAAUGCCAAACUGCUGAAAAUAUUAUAAGAUUGUAUUAAGUACAGAAAAACAAAUUAACUAAAUGAGUAAUAGAGAAUUGUACUGGGAGACAUUUAAAAUGUUAUUUAUUCAAGAAAAUCUCAUUUUAUUAGGCAUUUAUUGUGAAAUUUUGAAGUUGAAUGAUAUUAUAUGUAAAUACAUGUAUACAUUCAAUAAUGUAUUUUUUAAAAAACAUGGCUUGUUUGAAUUUGUAAGUGUUAAAGCUUCAUACGCUGAUGUUAAAAUGGGCUUUGCAUUUUCCAUUAAAAUAUAUUUAUCAGUUUGAA